CUCCUGGUGAAGCCUUGGGCCCCUGCCUGCUCCUCUGCUGGUCCCGGGCGCCUCCGGCCGGCGCUCCCUCCCUCGCCUCCGCCCUCGCUUGGCUGCCGCCUGCUCCCCUCUCCUGCCCUCCUUCCCCUCUCGCCCUGUCCCCUCCCCCGGACUCUGCAAACAUGAGGGUCCUGGCCUGCCUCCUCGUGGUGCUGCUUGGGGUUCGGGCCAUUGAGCGGCUGCGCCUGGCCGACGGCCCCCACGGCUGCGCCGGCCGCCUGGAGGUCCGGCACGGCGGGCGCUGGGGCACCGUGUGUGACGACGGGUGGGACCUGCGCGACGCCGCCGUGGCCUGCCGGGAGCUGGGCUGUGGGGGGGCGCUGGCCGCCCCCGGGGGUGCCUUCUUCGGGGAGGGUGCAGGCCCCGUGUGGCUCAGCGAGCUGGCCUGCCGCGGCGGUGAGGAGCACCUGGGCCUCUGCCCCCACCGCGGCUGGAAGGCCCACAUCUGUAGCCACGAGGAAGACGCGGGCGUCGUCUGUGCAGGUCAGCGCGUGGCCGAUUCGAGGGACGAAUCAGCUUCCCCCCCGGACGGGGACCCCUGGCUGGGGCUGCCUGGGGAGCUGAGCCCCAGCUCCGAGGAGCCCCCUGUGACUCAUGCCCCCCGUCUGGCCGGAAGCCCCCGGAAGAAGAGCCCCCGGCCACCCAAGCAGGUCAAGUCCACCAGGGCCCCUUCGCUGACGGCUGGGGCCCCCCGACAAGAGCGGCUGCGCCUGGUCUCAGGCCCCCACAGCUGCGCCGGCCGCCUGGAGGUGCUACACGGCGGGCGCUGGGGCACUGUGUGUGACGACGGGUGGGACCUGCGCGACGCCGCCGUGGCCUGCCGGGAGCUGGGCUGUGGAGCCGCGCUGGCCGCCCCCGGGGGCGCCAGGUUCGGGCUGGGCGCGGGGCCCGUGUGGAUGGACGACGUGGGGUGUGGAGGAGGAGAGCAGACCCUGCGGGACUGUCCCCGGAGCCCCUGGGGCCGGAGCAACUGCGACCACAGUGAGGACGCGGGGCUGGUGUGCACGGGCCCGGCCCCCAGGCUGCGCCUGGCCGACGGCCCCCACGGCUGUGCCGGCCGCUUGGAGGUCCGGCACGGCGGGCGCUGGGGCACCGUGUGUGACGACGGGUGGGACCUGCGCGACGCCGCCGUGGCCUGCCGGGAGCUGGGCUGUGGGGGGGCGCUGGCCGCCCCCGGGGGUGCCUUCUUCGGGGAGGGCGCUGGCCCCAUCAUCCUGGACGACCUUCGGUGUCGGGGAAACGAGACGGCGUUGCGAUUCUGCCCGGCGCGGCCCUGGGGCCAGCAUGACUGCCACCAUCGCGAGGACGCGGGGGCUGUGUGUGACGGUAUGCCCCUCGGCUACGUGCCCCCCACGGCCCCCACAGUGGACAGCAACAGCUCAGCAGCCAGGGAGGCAGCACCCAGGCCCCUGUCCACCACAGCAAGCCAGGCCACGCUGACGGCCGGCGUGUCACCUCCUCCAUCCGUUCCAGUCGGCCCUCGGGAGCCGGGCCCGGAGGCCGGAUCUCCCCAGCUGCGCCUGGUGGCCGGGCCCAGCAGGUGCUCCGGCCGGCUGGAGGUGUGGCACGACGGGCGCUGGGGCACGGUGUGUGAUGACAGCUGGGACCUGCGUGACUCGGCUGUGGUCUGCCGUGAGCUCGGCUGCGGUGGGCCUCGGCAGCCAGAUCCCGCUGCAGGCCGCUUUGGCUGGGGCUCGGGCCCCAUCUGGCUGGAUGACGUGAACUGUGUGGGGACGGAGGCGUCGCUGUCCGACUGUCCUGCUGCUCCCUGGGGGAAACACAACUGUGCUCACAACGAGGACGUCGGGGUCACCUGUUCCGGGACGGCUGGCCUGGACACUGUCUCAGACCCCUUCAGCUGGAGCUGGGUCCCGGGGCUGGGCAGAGACCAGGAUGCCUGGCUCCCGGGAGAGCCCGCCACCAAGCCCUCUCCGCCUCGGACCCCCAGCGUCCUGGAGAAGACCACCACGAAGGCGCCGGCAAAAGUGCCCAAGAGCACCAAGAAGUGGGGGUCCAAAGCCACAAAGAGACCAACCACGCCCCCUCCCCCGGGGCCCACGACGAAGCACUCCAGGGCGCUGGGCACCCAGAGCCCGCUGGAGCUGACCUCCCGGACCACCGAGGCGCCCCGCCGAGCGCCCACCCGCACCACGACUGCCACUCCUCAGGCCUCCCUGGGGCCGUCCGCCCAGACCCCAGCUCAAGGGUCUCCCGCGGCCCCCGCCGCGGCGGCCAGCACCACCACCGGGGCGCCAGGUGAGCGGCGGGAGGGGCGGGGCGGGCGCGGGCGGGCGGAGGCCACGCCCCCACGUGACCAGGCCCCGCCCACAGGGCCCUUCCGGGUUCGUCUGGCCGACGGGCCCAACAGGUGCGCGGGGCGGCUGGAGGUGUGGCACGCGGGGCGCUGGGGGACCGUGUGUGACGACAACUGGGACCUGCGCGACGCCACCGUGGCCUGCUGGGAACUGGGCUGCGGAAAGGUCCGGCCCCGGGUGGGCAAAACGCACUACGGCCCCGGGACGGGGCCCAUCUGGCUGGACGACGUGGGCUGCCUGGGGCGCGAGGCCUCGCUGAGCGACUGCCCGUCGGGGCCGUGGGGCCAGCACAACUGUGACCACGAGGAGGACGUGGGGCUCACGUGCACGGGCUACACGGAGGACGAGGACUAUCCGCCCUGGACGUGGGACCCCCCGUCGGGGACGGAGCUGGCCCAGGGCGCCCCGCGGCGCACCGCUGCGCCCCCCGCGACCGCGAGGCGCCUCCCGGACACAGGCGACCCGGAUGGUUACCAGUCUUGGACAAGCGACACACCUUUGGGAAGGGGUCUGGCCAAGGGGACCCCCACCACAGGCAAACCUGGACCCGUUUUUACCACCAGCACCACCAGGAGCCCAGGCCACCCCUCUGCAGCUCCAAGGGCCCGUGGGGACACAGGUUCCCCGAGGAAAGCGGGCCCCGAGCGCCGGCUGCUGCGGCCCACCCCGUCCCAGGCUCCCUCCGCCCAGCCAGGCACCCCUGGCGCCCCGUUGACCGCUGACUCGGGGCCACAGGUCAUCCCGGACCCAGCUCCAACUGCCAAGGCGACCUCCAACCCUAACACCCUGCCGCCCACCACAGAGCCGGCCUCCUGGAUGGGUCCCGACUGGGCCUUGACGACCCCUGCCCCCAGCGCAGCUCCACAGCCGGCCAGGGGGCUCUCGCCCACCCCGCCGGAAGAGCUGACCGCUGGACCCUCGGCAGCAUCGGAGGUGACCAGCCUUUCCCCUACCUCAGAGCUGACCCCAGAACCUGAGACCACUCCAGACUUGGACACAACUGCGUACCCUGGAACAGUCUCAGAGCUUUCCGGACCCACAGGCACUGCCACACACCCUCACACCACAGCCACCACCCCUGGCCCCAGCAUUAGCCCUUACCCCACCACUGCCACUCAUCUCCCCAGCACCCCUCAACCCACAACCACUAUUCAUCCCACAACCACCCCUCAACCCACAACAGCUGUUCAGCCCGCAACCACCGUUCAACCCACAACAGCUGUUCAACCCACAACCACCCCUCAACCCGCAACCACCCCUCAACCCGCAACCACCCCUCAACCCACAACAGCUGUUCAAACCACAGCCACUGUUCAACCCACAACAGCUGUUCAACCCACAACCACUGUUCAACCCACAACCACCCCUCAACCCACAACCACCCCUCAACCCACAACCACCCCUCAACCCACAACAGCUGUUCAAACCACAACAGCUGUUCAACCCACAACCACCCCUCAACCCACAACCACCCCUCAACCCACAACCACCCCUCAACCCACAACCACUGUUCAAACCACAACAGCUGUUCAACCCACAACCACCCCUCAACCCACAACCACUGUUCAACCAACAACCACUAUUCAAUACACAACCACUGUUCAACCAACCACCACCUCUCAACCCACAACCACUGUUCAACCCACAACCACUGUUCAACCUGCCACCACCCCUGCCCCCAACACAACUGCUCACCCCACCACCACCCUUCAAGUCAGCAGGACCCUUCAAUCCACCAUGACUCUCGAUCCUACCUCAGCCCCUGUCAUCACCACCAAGUCCCUUCCAGCCUCCUUGGGAACAGAACUUCCUUCUCUCACUCCGGCACCCACGGCGAUGCCCAGCCCAUAUCCCCAACUGACUGUCACAGCACCUGCCCUUGAUGCUCCCACCUCUCAGGUAGAGCCCUCUUCAGCCUCAGAUUCCAACCCCUCCCAGCCCUCCCCAGCCCCAAGCAUGGACCCAGUGUCCACUGAGGACUUCACAACACCCCCUGCAGCCACCCAGAGCCCACGCUCAACCUCCGACUCCACCGUGACCCCAUACCUCCACCUCUCCUCCACGGCCCAUCCCUUAGGUCAACCUCCCCCUGACCACCACACCCUCCCGCCAACUCCUGGUCAGAGCCCAGGUCCCCUUGGCCCAUGUGCCCCAGCACCACCCGUGAGGGUCAUGGCUUGCGAGCCGCCUGCCCUAGUGGAGCUGGUGGCUGCUGUGAGGGACGUGAGUGGCCAGCUGCAGAGGCUGACCCAGGUCCUGGAGCAGGACCGGCAGGAGCGCCAGACCCUGUGGCUGGGACUGACCCAGCUGGGAGAGGCCGCCCAAGGCCUGGGGCAGCUGAGUGAGGCUGUGAAGAGACUAGCAGAGGUGGCCUGGCCUCCUAGCACACCUGUGCCGACCACCACCACCCCAGAAGAGGAAGAGAGGCCUCUGAGGGGAGACGUGUGACCCUCUGCAGGGUUCGGGGGGGAUUUAAGACGCUCUUAGCAACAACAACAAAAGCGAAAAAGUA